CGCGGCCACGCGCCAGUUCAUUUACGCCUAGAGAGUCUGCUACGAUGGCACCGAACAAAAAUCUUGCCGCAACCGUGUACGGUCCCAACGAUCUGCGGCUGGACGAGCGUCCCAUACCGGAGCCGGCAUUCAACGAGGUCGUGGUGGAGGUUGAUACCUGUGGCAUCUGUGGUACGGACAUCCACUUCUUGAAGGAUGGUGGUUUCGGUGCCCAGCGGCUCGUCAAACCGAUCGUGCUCGGUCACGAGUCGGCCGGUGUAGUGCGCAAGGUGGGCAGUGCCGUGACGCACCUGAAGGUAGGCGAUCGGGUCGCGAUCGAGCCGGCGGCCGGCUGCCGUACGUGCGAUCUGUGCAAGGUGGGCAAGUACAACAUCUGUCUGGACGGGAAGCAUUGUACGACGCAGAAGCACGAUGGAAACUGCUCGAACUACUAUGCGCAGUACGCGGACUGUUGCUUCAAGCUGCCGGAUCACGUCACGAUGGAGGAGGGCGCACUGCUCGAACCGCUGGCCGUUGCCGUGUAUGCGGGUCGGCGGGCGGACAUUCGGCUAGGGCAGCGCGUGAUCAUCUUCGGUGCCGGACCGAUCGGGCUGGUGUGCUUGAUCGCUGCCAAGGCGAUGGGUGCGACGCGCACGGUCAUACUGGAUCUGGAGCAUGCCAAGCAUCGGUUAGAGGUCGCCAAGAAGCUUGGUGUGACGGGCGUGAUCGGUAUCCGGAAGGAAGACACCGAGGAGGAUCUGGUGAAGCGGAUACACGAGAUCUUGGGCGGGCCGGCCGAUCGGGUGCUCGAGUGUUCCGGCUCGCAGCCCGGCAUGCGGGUGGCGAUCAAGGCGACCAGAAAUGCGGGCCGCAUCUGUUUGGUGGGGCUAGGCAAUAAGGACGCUCAGCUGCCGAUGGUGGAUGCAAUCUCGCGGGAAAUCGAAAUCACCACUGCGAUGCGUUACAAUCAUGAUUAUCCUGCCGCAUUGGAAAUCGUAGCCAGUGGGUACGUUGACGUGAAGCCGCUAGUUUCGCACCACUUCGAUCUGCAGGACGUGCACGAGGCUUUCCGGGUGGCAUCGCAGGGCGAAGGUAUUAAGAUUAUGAUUCACCUUGUGCCACGGGACACCAACAACCAUGGCAAAUUUACGAACUAAACGGAAAUGUUUUGUGAUAAUAAUAAAUGAAAGAAUGUUAAAACAUGUUAAAAAUGUGGGGAUAGUAAAAAUACAAUUCACUUCUGACUGACUAUCCUGCUAUGUGUAAACAGCAAGUCACUGAGCGGCAAGUCCCCAAAUCAGAAGAAGAACAAGUUACUAAACAAACAGUUCAUAAACAAUGCUUCAAAUACAGUAAUGUUUAGAAGUGUA